AUGCCCUCGUCGCCCGCCUCUCGCUCGCCGCUGCCCGCCGCGUCCAAGUCGGACAACGACCUCAAGCGCUAUCUCGAGACCACAAACUCAUCUUCUACCCGAGACAGCUAUCCGACCCAAGACCCACAUUCCUUCGUCCCACAGCUACUCCCAUCCGACUCUCACUCGAGCUUCCCCGACGUCGCUGCCGUUCGCGAAACUCACCACCCGGGCUCGUCAAUGUACUCGGCGUCGUACACUCUGGCUCCCACAGCAACGGCAAACGCUGGGGCGUCCAGCAGCAUUUUCGACCACAACGCUGGCCAUGCGGCUCCUACACAACAUUCUCCACAUAUAAACAUACAAGCAGCCGCGGCAACGCCACGGACGGUGCAGUCGAACUGGCCAGUAAGCCAAGGGAUUGAAACUACGAUGAGGACUCCCCCAAUGGCAGGCUCCGCCAUUCGCAAUUCAAGUUUAUAUACGGAUCAUACAACGACUGCCUCCAGCCACACCUAUGGCGUACCUCACAAUUCCCCGACCAACCUUACGUAUCCCAUCGACUUGAAUCCAAUCAGUUCGAGUCACUACUCCGCACAGGCUAUGUACGGACAAGGAUUAAACCAAACUUCGCCUAUGUAUCCUCAGUCGUCGCAGUACAAGACGACAGUGACAGGCGAUGGGCGCCAUUCAUCGAUACCUUUCCCAUCUGGAGAUCAUCUGCCGUUCCAUAGUGUUGAUCAUUAUGGUUACAAUUCUCCACCUCGUCAGAGUACUUUGGCGCAUCAAAACGGGAAAGGAUCACCAAUGCAUAUCUCUCGUGCGGUAGAAGACGACUCCGUAGGAACAUACGGUGGACCGCCCUCUUCGUCUAUGUCACAAGAACCAUCGACACCAGCCUCUGCAUUCAGCGUCGGCUCUAUAUCACCCCUCGGAACCCUUGCUACAUUCGCUGAAGCAAACCCAUCAGACUCUUCGUUCUCAGCUGAUCUCAGCAACAGUAAAGAUUCUCCGAUGCUAACUGACCCCCCUACAAUGUAUAUGGACGGAUAUGCCCUGGGAGCCGCAUACAUGCAUGAUGUAGAUGGAUAUGUGGGCAACUUCGGCUUCAUCCCGUCUCCAGCUCCUGCAUUACCUUACCACCUUGCAUACGACUAUCUUCAAGACGCGGACAACGAUCGAGGCGUGUCAACCAGUGGCCAAAAUGAUGUGCCCAAUUCCGUCCCGACGUCAGCGUUGCUUCUCCAUCCGAACACCUAUGUUGAGCCGACUGAAGACCAUAGUCAUACCCAAUCAACUGCGCGGGGGCGUGGGCGAGGCAGAGCACGGUCAACGGCGGUCACAGGUCGGGGCAAGAUGACUCAAGCAGGGAGAGGAUCGCCUCGAGGCCAUUUAACAUUAGACACGGCUUCUAUCAACGCAAAUGACCGUGGCCCUGAUGUGGGUAGCCCGGGUAGCAGGAAGCGGUCCGUCGAUGGCAUGGAUGACGACGAAUUGUCGAAUCUCCCUCACGACGGCUCAAAGGGUGGAAGUAACACCGAGGGUUCGGAUGACAGAGAGGCGAAGAGGGCAAGGACGCAGAGCGACAGUAUGGUAACCUCUUCCCCGCUAGCUUCAUCUACCCGUCGCCACAGGGCAACGUCCUUGUCGCCCGGAUCUGCGCUUGCAGUGAAAAAAGGCAAGUCUCGACGGAGUGUAUUCGACAACGGCCCUCAGAAUGGCAUUCCACAUACCACUGCGAAUGAAUCUACGUCCAUGCCACACUCGCCAUCGCCUCUUAGCCAAGUGCUACCCACCAAUCCGUCAACAGAGAAUAUGUGGCCACCUCAAUCGGACAGCACUGCCGAUUUGUACGGACACACCACUGGCAAUACUACAGAUACAUCUGCCCGAAGUGCCAACCACAGCAGCGCUGUGGAGCCUGAAAGUGGCGAAGGGAGCAAUGAGGGCUCGGCCUUCGAGGAUGAGGAAGACGGGUCGGAGUACGAAGACGAGGAUGACGACGACGACGAAUAUGUCCAGGGCCGUUCCAGUGGGCGAAGAAAAUCGACCACCGUCAGGAGAGCUGGCAAGAGCGGAGGGAAAAAUGUUAGUGCUGCGUGGGCGUUGGAGAAGGUCCAAGGUGGCUCCGGCAGUCCGAUCAUCGACACUUCUACCUGUGGCGUGAGUGAUGAGGCCAACCAGGCUACGAACAUGUAUAACCGUAACGGCAAGACUCGUCGCAAGAGAAUAAGCAAUAUUCCGUUGCCAAUUCCAGUUCCGAACCUGACGAAGAAGAGUCGCGGGCGGAAAGUGCCAUCUUUCCCGGCCGACCUUGCUUCAAGUUAUGGAUAUGAUGCCAGCGCCGAGUCCAGUCCGUCUGGAUAUGCCAGUAGAGAGGGCAUCAGCAAACGCGGUACGAGGGGUAGGAGGGCGCAGACGGUGGUUGGAGGACCCAGUCUAGAGGAACGACCAUUCGUCUGUGAAGUCUCUGAAUGUAACAAGCGUUUCGUGCGAGGCGAGCAUCUGAAGAGACAUGUGCGGAGUAUUCAUACGCUCGACAAACGUAAGUGGAUCGUCGUUCGUCCUCCUUGCGGACCUGACACUAAGAAAUUCAACCAUAGCUUUCAUAUGUCCGCAAAAAGGGUGCGGAAAGACGUUCAGCAGAAGAGACAACCUUGGGCAGCAUGCGCGGGUACAUGUUACAGGAUCAGGAUAGUAGACGUGUUUCUUUAA